CAUUGCGCAUGCGCUGAUCACGUCCACCCAGCCACGUAGCUUAGCCUAGCUGUUAGCUUGCAAGCCGCAGCCAGGAGCAACUGCAGUCGGCAACAGGACGUAUAAAGGCGCAUUUUUGUCCAACUUUUUGCUAUUUUAUCGUCUGCAAUCAUGACGAGAUACCUACGGCCACCGAACUCCUCUCUCUUUGUCCGGAAUAUCUCCGACGAAGUCAGAAUGGUAAAGAUACAGUUCUGGAGUUCUGCCCGCCCAUUCUUUCUCCCCAAAGAAAGAGAGAAAGCGAAAGUAGUCGAGAGUAGAUUGCAGCCAAAGACCAGAAGCGCUAGAACGCACAGAGCAAAAGCAUGAAGAUGCACAGAGGAGAAAAAGCCAAAGGACAGAAAAGCAAAGUGUUUAUUGGGCAAAGACAAGCGGUGAAUUCGUCUGCCAAGGCAUUAAAGAGCAAGCUCAAGGUCAAAGGUCAAGCAUGUUACAAAGGUAACCAAACAAACUUUACCACGUUCGAAGACGUCAGCGAUGCCGAGGACGCCCUCCACUACCUGGACCGCAAGUGGGUGUGUGGGCGCCAGAUCGAGAUCCAGUUCGCCCAAGGAGACCGCAAGACUCCCAACCAGAUGAAGACCAAGGAGCGGCAUUCUCCGCGCAGUUUCGACGACGACGGCCACCGCAGACGCUCCCGUAGCCGCAGCUACGACCGCCGCUGGUCCCGCAGCCCCUCCUACGAACGCCGACCUCGGCGCAGGUCCGAUAGCCCCAGAGAGUCACGCUCCUACAGCCGACACGGGCGCAGCAGAAGCCAUGAAAAUGACAUGCACAAGAGCGCCGCACACAACCGCCACAGGACCCAGCAUGAAGGGACUGGCAGGAACCGCUCAGCGUCCAGCUCCAGGUCCAAAGGCAAGAGUAAAAGGAGCCGGUCCAGGACUUCCGCCGAAGAGUUCCAUCAGAACCCCGGUACCCACAAGCGUCCAUCAGGACGAUCUCCGUCACGGUCUUUGUCCAGGUCUGUGUCCCGCUCACGGUCCAGGUCCUGGGCCGAAUGCAAGUCAGGAGGUCGGUGAGCUGCUCCAACCUCUUAAGUUCUAGUCUCCGUUUAAUACUUUGAUUCAUGCUACUAGAUAGUAGACUUUUCUGUGUCGUAUCCUGAAGGGAAUUAUAAUUAUGUUCUGUACUCUUGAAUAAAAAGGACAUGCAUACAA